AUGUCGGAUUCCAGCGAAAAAAAGGGCAAGACCCCCAAGCACAAUGAAAAUGAGGGAGCUCCAUCCGACUCAGGUAAUGAAGCAGGAAAGAAGCUUCCCGCGAAGUUCGCUUCCUUGCUCCUCGAACAAAAUCCGGCCCUGAAGAACGAGUUAGCUGCGAUGGAUAAGGACCAGGCUGCGGCCUUAUUGCACAACAUGGACCUCUCGCAGAUGCUGACUGGAUUGGCCGUCGGAGGUAAGAACCAGAAGGAUAUGGCCUCAUACAAGUUUUGGCAAACACAGCCAGUGCCUGCCUUUGAAGAGGCUGGAAAGAAGCAGAUUGCACAAGGACCGAUCAAGGUUAUCGACCCAGAGAAGGUUUCCAAGACUCCCGAUGCGCUCAUUGACGGAUUCGAGUGGUGCACUCUUGACUUGACGAACGAAGAGGAGCUGAAGGAGCUCUAUGAGCUCCUGAAUAAGCAUUACGUCGAGGAUGAUAACGCCAUGUUCCGCUUCAACUACUCAGAGUCGUUCCUACAUUGGGCUCUGAUGUCUCCUGGGUGGAAGAAGGAGUGGCAUGUGGGUGUGCGCGCCACUAAGUCGCGCAAACUGGUUGCAUCUAUCUGCGGUGUCCCGACUGAACUCCGCGUCCGCGGCGAGCGCCUCAAGGUGACGGAGAUCAACUUCCUAUGUAUCCAUAAGAAGCUCCGCUCCAAGCGCCUAACCCCCGUUCUGAUCAAGGAGAUCACCCGCCGCUGCUACCUAAGGGGUAUAUACCAGGCCAUCUAUACUGGUGGUAUUAUCCUACCCACACCCGUUAGCUCUUGUCGAUACUACCACCGUUCUCUGGAUUGGCUUAAGCUCUACGAUGUUGGCUUCUCGCCUCUGCCACAUGGUUCGACCAAGGCCCGACAGGUCACUAGGAAUCAUCUCCCUAGCGAGACAUCGACCCCCGGUCUAAGGCCCAUGGAAUCCAAGGACAUCGAUGCUGUCUAUGAUCUGCUGGAGCGAUACAUGCGGCGCUUUGAUUUGAACCAGGCCUUUACACGGGAAGAAAUCGACCACUGGCUGGUGCACAAGCAGCAGCCCGACAAGGACCAGGUUGUCUGGUCCUACGUUGCCGAAGACCCGGAAACUCACAAAAUCACCGACUUCGUCUCGUUCUACAAUCUCGAGUCUACCGUGAUCGACAAUCCGAAGCAUGAUGCCGUCCACGCCGCAUACCUGUACUACUACGCGACCGAGACCGCGUUCUCCGACGACAAGCAGGCUUUGAAGGAGCGCUUGCAGCUCUUGGUGAAGGAUGCCUUGAUUUGCGCAAAGAACGCUCGUUUCGACGUCUUCAAUGCUCUCACCUCGCACGACAACCCCCUCUUCCUCGAGGAUCUCAAGUUCGGUGCUGGUGAUGGUCAACUCCACUUCUACCUAUAUAAUUACCGUGCUGCGCCUAUUGGUGGUGGAAUUAACGACAAAAAUUUGCCCGAUGAGUCGGAGAUGGGAGGUGUCGGUAUCGUCAUGCUGUAG